AUGGGAAGCGCGCUGAGAGUGACCGGCCAUGAGGUGCCUCCAGCGAAGGCUGCGGAGUCAAUUGGAGCUGCUGAGCGGAAAAGAAGUUUGCGGGAAAGAUGUUGCAAAAAGAUACAAAAGCUCAAUCCAAUCCUCCGAUUCCCCGAAGCCAAGUGCAUUUCCAAUGAAACACCUCACGCGGAUCCACCUGUCUCGGAGAUUCUUGAUUUCCUCUAUCUUGGCAAUGCGCGAGAUUCAAGAGACGCUCAAAUGAUGAAAGAGAGGAGCAUCACGCACGUUAUCAAUGCUACCCGUGAGCAGUCCAACUUCUUUGAAGGAAGCGGCAAAGUGGAAUACCUACGCAUACCCGUCGACGACAAUAGCACAGCUGACCUCAUGCCCUAUUUUAAACCCGCCAUUAAUUUCAUAGAUGAGGCAAUGCGAUCGGGCGGACGGGUGCUGGUGCACUGUCAGGCGGGAGUGUCGCGAUCACCAAGUUUGGUACUCGCCUACCUCGUGGCGCAUUCCUCACUCACCGUGUUAGAGGCCUUCGCAUUAGUUAACCACCUUCGCUCCGCUAUUGGUCCAAGUUUCCAUUUUCUCGGUCAGGUGGAACGAUUCCGUGUCUCUUUCCGCUUGGAUAACAAAUAUCACAGUGCUACCAGUCCUAUUCCAGCAGAAGAUCUUCACGUAGGUGCUAUGAUUUAUCGGCGUUGGAGAGACUUUCAGCACUGUUCACCUCCAUCGGCUGCGCUCUUGUUUCCUCCCAACAAUUAA